GCUUCCUGUAGCCUUAUCAACAAAGACUACUCGCCUUCAGGAUAACUUUUCUCCGUUGUUCCUGUGCGGUGUAAACAGGUCGGGAUGUGUCUCAGAUAACACCGCUGUGCGUUAACAUCGCUCCUUGUUGUUUUAGGACAGAGACGAAGCACAGAGCGGAAGUUUAAAGAUGUCGGCCGCCGUGGACUUCCACUCUCAGAUCGCCUCCAUCAUGGAGGUGCUGGCUAACGCGGCCGUGGCGGAGAUCUGUAAGGUGGUAGACGACGGCUACGCGGUGGUUCACCUGGAGAUGACCCGCAGCCAGAAGGAGAGCGAGUUCCUGCGGAGGAAGAUCAAACUGCUGGAGCUGCAGGUCGCCCGGUACCGAGCCGAGAGGGUGAAGGCGGCGGAGGGAUCUGUGAACAGCCGCUUCCAUGGGGUCCGCCUCUUCAGCCGGCAGAGCAGAGACUCAGCGGCCGGCCCCUCUCUGCAGGGCAGGACCAGGUUUUUGAAUCGGGGUCCAGCAGCCCAGCAAUCAGGUCGUGAUCCGUUUGUGUCUCAGUCUGCAGAGCCUGAGGAGGAGGAGGAGCUGCUCAUAGUGAAGGUGGAGGAAACCACUGAGACCGCCACUGCCCACCAGGAGGCGUCAUCGAACCCUGCAUCAACAGAGGAGACAUCGACCCCCCCACAUCGCUCCCCACCACCUCAAAGGACGGCGGAAGACAGCUCAGUGAAAUGGAGGUCAGUGGAUCUGACGUCGUCACCUUUGUUGUCAGCAGGACACCUGAGACUGACCGCAGAGACCCCGCCCACUGCUCACUGA